AUGGACUUGAGAGUUGGAAAUAAAUAUAGAAUUGGAAGAAAGAUUGGUGCAGGUUCUUUUGGUGAUAUUUACCUUGGCACCAAUUUAAUUACAGGCGAAGAAGUAGCUAUUAAACUAGAAUCUGUGAAAGCCAAACAUCCUCAGUUAGAAUAUGAAGCCAAAGUAUACAAAGCAUUGUCUGGUGGUGUAGGUGUUCCUUUUGUGCGAUGGUUUGGUGCAGAAUGUGACUACUUUGCUAUGGUCAUUGACUUAUUAGGACCUUCUCUUGAAGACUUGUUUAAUUUCUGUAACCGUAAAUUCACAUUGAAGACAGUUCUCUUAUUGGCUGACCAGAUGCUCUCUCGUAUUGAAUAUGUUCACAGCAAAAACUUUAUUCAUCGUGAUAUCAAGCCCGAUAAUUUCUUAAUGGGCAUUGGCAAACGAGGUAAUCAGGUCAAUAUCAUCGAUUUUGGUCUUGCCAAAAAAUACCGUGACCCACGCACACACUUGCAUAUCCCUUACAGAGAAAACAAGAACCUAACUGGUACAGCACGUUAUGCGAGCAUCAAUACACAUUUGGGUGUUGAACAAUCAAGACGUGAUGACCUUGAAUCAUUGGGUUAUGUACUUAUGUACUUUUGUCGAGGUUCAUUACCAUGGCAAGGGUUGAAAGCAACGACCAAGAAACAGAAAUACGAUCGUAUCAUGGAAAAGAAAAUGACUACACCUACAGAACUCUUGUGUCGUGGUUUCCCAAGUGAAUUUGCUAUUUACUUGAAUUAUACUCGCUCUUUACGAUUUGAUGAUAAGCCAGAUUAUUCCUAUCUUCGAAAGCUGUUUAGAGACUUGUUUGUUCGGGAAGGAUAUACGUAUGACUAUAUUUUUGACUGGACUAUUUAUAAGGCAGUAAAAAGAAGCCACUUCUUCCAAUGUACAACAAAAAAAAGAGGAAUUAAUGAAAAACAUGACGGAAAACCAAGGAGAGAACUUUAG